GGCCACGCUAACGACCCUCGGCGCGUGGCGAAGGAACUUGGCAAUUGUCUAAAUUUUGUUUAGAUUCUGGCCGUUGGUCUCGCGGUGCGCGUUCUUUUUUUAAUUACGUAUUUCUUCUUAUUGCCGCUUACAGUAUAUGCAGGAAUAGCGUUGCCGCCUCUCGUACCCAAAGUGUGCCAAGUUUGCUCGGUAGCGGCUUCUUAUUCAGGUGGAUCAGCAGCGUGGGCUGUUGGGAGCUGGCGGUGGGUGUCGUGGCCGCGUAGGCAGGCGACGUUUCAUACACCUCGUUAGCUAGCCGGCUAAUGGCGAACCGCCGUCGAGUCCCACGACUUAUGGGGGUCCCCGAUAUUUUGACUGCGCAGCCAACAAAAAAAAAAACCGCUUGCUUUGUUGUGCCGAGGCGUGGAAACGGAGAUGUUUUACCCCGCCAAGUGCAGUACUUGCACAAAAAGACGCAGGACAGCGUGUACCGUCGCUUCGCAGCCACCUCUUAGGUUCAGAAGUGCGCCUCGCCUGGCAGCGGACCAAGCAAAACGAUGCGAGUAUCUCACGUCCGCACGGACCUGUAUCAAUAUUAAUCAUGAUUAUUGCUCUAAUAUGGAGCCUACAUUAAGCGCUGACUGCAGUGCUACGCGCGCUGCGCAGUAAUUGAUAAAUGUAGACAAUUAUAAAGCCAAACUUGGCAUACAAUGCAGGCGAAUCGCGUGAGGGACCUGUAACUCCAACUUGCGGAACCUGUUACCGGUAGGUUGACAUUGUAACAGACUAUAACAUUUCGGGGAAGGUGUCGGUUACAGAGUUGGGGAUUAAUGCUGUGUAUAUCUUGUGAGCGACCCGUACUUAUAUAUUUAUCCCUAAUUUGUAAGCUGGAGUAGACUUUUAUUUCGUAUCUAUAUUUUCAAUUAGGUGCAUAUUUUCACAUUUGGAAGUUUUCGGCAUGUACACUUGAGUAGCGCAUCGCGAUCUUUUUGACAGUUAUACAAAUCAAUGCACUGUUUCUGUUAUGCAAUGUACACACUCAACCAUCCCCUUAAAUUACAGUAGCAAGUCGUUAUGUAUUCUGGUUUAUAAAAUGUUGAGGUGUUGUGUGUGUGUGUGUGUGUGUGUGUGUGUGUGUGUGUGUGCGCAUAUUUUUACUCAAUCUUUAUUGAUUUGUGUAGGCCCAACUACUUUGCUGAUUAAGACAUUUGUACAUAAUUUUAGGUAACGGCAAAUUGACCAGCACGUGUCCGGAACUCAAACUGGCCCAUCCACACAAUUUGCGUAGGAAAUAUGAAAGGGACAUUGUGAUAUCUUUUUUUUUUUUUUUUACCACAGGUUCUUCCUUUUACCACAGUGAGUUGGUUGUGACACAUCCAUUGGGUAGGGACUUUAGUUAUUAGUACAGACCUUUUUUGAGCGUGUGCCAGUCAGUGAUGCGUUGCCCCAAAGCUUCUCAGAUGCCAGAGAUAUUCCGCGUGGGGCAUGCUUCGAUCCCAUCAAAGUUCCAGGGUCCAAGAGCAUCCUUGGAGGGGCCACAAUGCUCACCUGCGCUGGCCGUUGCCUGAGCUGGAAUCGAGCCAGAUCAGACUGAUCGUGUAUCAAGACUGCGAGCGCCGGGGAAGAAACGUCCUCUUCGAUUCCAAUGCCAAAAAGAGGAGCACAGAAGAUACCCUGGUCACGAAGCCAGGCGGCGAGGCGCAGGGCAGAGGGCCGGGGCGGUGCUGCCGGCUCCGACCCAAUGGGGGCAGCUCCAGCUCCCUGGACAGCAACUGCUCCACGGCCUCGGAGCCUCGGGAACCGGGCCUUCGCUUCCAGGGAUCCCGCUGCUCUUCUGAUGCCAACAUGCUGGGGGAGAUGAUGUUUGGCUCGGUGGCGAUGAGUUACAAGGGCUCUACGCUGAAAAUCCAUCAGAUACGGUCUCCUGCUCAGUUGAUGCUGAGCAAAGUGUUUACAGCUCGGACAGGGAGCAGCGUUUACGGAAGCCUGAACACAUUACAGGAUAGCCUCGAGUUCAUCAACCAAGACUCCGUCGCACUUAAACCGGAUCAAAACACUGUGGUCAACAGCUUUCUAGGGAACAUAGGUUUCUCUCAGCUCUGCAGCUCCCGUCGGGCCUUCUCUGAACAAGGCCCCCUUCGUCUGAUCAAGAGUGCCUCUUUCUUUGCAGGGCCAACCACGCCGAUGGACAUGCCCGGCAGGGGCCAGUACGACGAGCGGGACAGCGGGAUCGCCAGAUCAGCCUCCCUCAGCAGCCUGCUAAUAACCCCCUUCCCUUCGCCGGGCUCCUCGCUCACCAGCAGCUGUGCCAGCAGUUACCAACGCCGCUGGCUCCGCAGUCAGACCACCAGCCUGGAGAACGGGGUCUUCCCGCGAUGGUUAGCGGAGGAGAGCUUCAACAUGUCUGAUGACAGCAGUGGUCCUGGCCUUGGGGUAGCCAGAAAGAAGAAGAUCGCCAUCGGCAUCAUCUUUCAGUUGUCAGAAGACGAGGACCAGAGCAGCAAGUUCCAGGGUUUCUUCUUCUCUCACUUCCCCCUCUUUGAGAGUCACAUGAACAAGCUGAAGAGUGCGAUUGAGCAGGCCAUGAAAAUGAGUCGAAGGUCGACUGAUGCAAGCCAAAGAGCACUGGCUUACAACCGCAUAGUGGAUGGGCUCAAUGAAUUCAGGACGACCAUCUGCAACCUUUACACCAUGCCUCGCGUGGGCGAGCCAGUGUGGCUGACCAUGAUGUCCGGCGCGUCGGAGAAGAACCAGCUCUGCAGCCAGUUCAUGAGGGAGCUGUCCAUUCUCAUGGAGCAAGCCUCCAAGAACCAGUUUCUUCCAGCUCUGCUCACGGCCGUCCUCACUAACCACUUGGCGUGGGUACCUACGGUGAUGCCCAACGGCCAGCCACCUAUCAAGAUCUUCCUGGAGAAGCACUCCUCUCAGAGCGUGGACAUGCUGGCAAAAACACACCCCUACAACCCGCUGUGGGCGCAACUCGGCGAUCUGUACGGCGCGAUCGGAUCCCCCGUGCGUCUCUCCCGGACCGUGGUGGUCGGCAAGCGGCAGGAGCUGGUACAGAGGCUGCUCUACUUCCUCACCUACUUCAUCCGCUGCUCGGAGCUGCUGGAGACGCACCUGCUGGAGAGCGCAGAGGAUGAGGCCAUCGUGCUGCCCGGUUCCCUCAUCACCACAUCGCUGCGCCGCGGGGAGGUGGAGGAGUCCGACUACGUGCUGGUCACUAUGCACAAACCGCACGGCGAUUAUCCUGCUUCCACCGAGCAGGAAGCCGAGAGCCCUGGGGACACCGGCGACGGGGGUUGUAGGCUGGCCCCGGCCUCCACUGCUUACCAAGAGGACCCCAUCCACCCACUCCCUUGCAAAGAGAAGACGAGCCACUGCCCAGAAACUAAGGUGGAGAUGGUGGUGUGCGUGGGCUCUGUGUCGGCCAGGGAGCCAGUCGUAGUACCAGUCGUGGAAGCAGAGGCCGGCAUCAUUGGCGAGGCUCCGGAGACCGAGAGGCUGCCCAUCAGCUACUUCUGUUCGUCUGGGAUCCCGCUGGAGAAGAAACCCCCCGAUAAGAGCUCAACCGACCACUUCCUGCCAGGUGACCAGCAGCCAGCCCCCAAAGUGACUUUCCUCAUCGGAGAUUCCAUGUCCCCCGAUUCGGACACAGAAAUCCGGGGGAAGAAAGUCGAGGAUCAAAUCAAGAAGCACAAGAGGCACCUGAAGCAGCAGCAGCAACAGCAGCAGAGGGUGCAGAGCUCUGCCGAGUCAAAGUGUGAGUCAAAGCCAACGUCAGAGGACCAAACUAAGAAAAACGAGGGUAAGAAUCCACUCCUGCAUGUGUCUAGCAAAAUCUCCCAAUGGAGCUCCUCCCACGAAGAGUGCAUGGAUCUGUUUGACGAGUAUUUUAGUGACGAUAACCCCGUGGAAACUCGGACUAUUGACGAUGUGUCCGGAACACAAGAAUCAAGCAGCACAGACAAAACAAAGAGCCACCUUCUGUGCCCAUCAGGAGACUCUGCAGAAAAAGAUUAUAGGAUUGUGGGACAGAGUGACACAGGGAACGGCGGGUGUAGCUGUAACUCGGCGGGCGUAGCAGACAAAGACUUUUGUAAGACUUGUUCUGCAGAGCAGGUCAAAGCCAUUGUGAUCUCUGUUACUGUCCCCCAAGGGGACAUGGGGGACCUGAAGAAGGUUGCCCCCCUGAAUGAGUGGGAAAUACCCCGGAAUGAGAGUUCGGACAGCGCACUGGGUGACAGCGAGAGCGAGGAUACGGCCCAGGAGCUGCAGCGCAAUGAAGGGACGUACUACGUCGACGAGCAGGAGGAGUGGCUGGAGGAAAUGGAGGUCCCCUUUCCGGGAUCCAAACUGGUAGAGAAUUACUCCAAACCCACAAUUGCCAACUUCGGGAGGUCUCUCUUCGGAGGUUAUUGUCAAACCUACGUCCCCGACUUUGUUCUGCAUGGAACGCCGAAUGACGAGAAGCUGAAGCAGUGCCUCAUGUCGGACUUGGCUCACGCUGUACAGCAUCCAGUGUUAGAUGAGCCCAUCGCAGAGGCCGUCUGCAUCAUAGCCGACACGGACAAGUGGACCGUGCAGGUGGCCAGCAGCCAGAGACGAGCCACUGAUGGCAAAUUUGGCAAGGAAGUACUGGUGUCCAACUUGGUGUCCAGUCUGCUCCAUUCGACCCACCAUCUGUACAAACUCAACAUGUCCCCAAACUUCUGCAUCAUGCACCUCGAGGACAGACUACAGGAGCUUUACUUCAAAAGCAGAAUGCUGGCAGAGUACCUGAAGGGUCAGACACGAGUUCAUGUCAAAGAGUUGGGGAUGGUGUUGGGCAUCGAAUCCAGUGAUCUCCCCCUAUUGGCAGCAGUCGCAAGCACCCACUCACCGUAUGUGGCCCAGAUACUGCUCUAGAUGGCCCAGAGCCACCCGCGAUGGAAAACCAGUGUAGAACCAGAGGACUAUCAGGAAUACAGCGCUGGUUCCAAGCGAGCGUGCCCAGCCCAGCCCGGAGUGGCACGGCACGGCAUGGCGCGGUGCGGCCCGGCCAAAGGGUAGGUGGGUGGUCUCGGCUGGUCCUGCUGCAGCUCUCAGCGCCCUAGAGGUAGGGCUGUCCCAGGAAAGCGGGGCCCGGUGCCAGGCGCUACAGCGCCCACAGGGCAGCAGACGCUGUCUGUGCCCGUACAGACUGAAGAUUUACAGAGACGCUUCCCCUAGUGUGGAGGAUGUUCUCCUUUUUGUUUGAAUGUUGUACUGGUAUUUUGCAUCUGGAAUGCUUUUUUUUUUUUUUUCUUGACAAUCCAGGAAAAACUACUUUUAUUUUUUAUUUCUACAAAUGCAGAUAGUACAGUCAGACCUCGGACGUUCGCGAGGUUAGGUUCCAGAACCCGUCACGAAUGAGGAGGAUUCGCGGAUGUUUGGUAGAGUCACUAAAAAUGGUAAUAUGUGCUUAUUUCUAUAGUUUAAACCCUAAAUAUGACCUCAGUCAUGCUCCCAAAACACUUUCAUUUAAAAGUUAGCUCAAUACAUUACCUUUAUUUUUACAACAAACAUUUGUUUUUUGUUUUUUUUUAGAGUACAGUAUCUCCUAAUGGAUAUUUGUCACACUAGCACAUUUACAGUACAGUAUACUAAUGCUACCCCUGCUGUUCCAUAGAACACGGCAUUGGCUGCCGUUUUCUUUUGCAUUCACAAUAAGGUAAAAAUGAGUAAACGAACGGGACUGUACACUUACUGACAGAAGUCAUGUACGUAACCAAGGUACAAUUCAAUAAAAUACGUAAAGGAAACGUACUGUACAUACAGGGUACAGGUGUUCAAUCAAUUAAAAAUUACGUAAUGACGUACAGAAAUAAGUUGUGAAAAUACUAUGUGUGUGCUAACCAUGAGAGACAACAAAAAUAUACACACAGUAAAAAUAUUUCAUAAAAAGAGUAGAAUGAAAUUUUUGCGGUUCUGUGAAUUCCGAAGCGCAAAUGCACGAGGGCCGACUGUACAGCCAUAGGAAGAAAAAAACGCUACUUAAAAAUAGCAUAUUCUGAUCUUACAAAUGCAUAAAACAAGUCCUUAUUCAUACCCUCUAUUGUUAUUGUUUUAAUAAUCUUAGUUAUCCUAGUCAGUCAGUAUCUGUUUCUGUUAGUUAAUGCAGAUGACAAUUGUUAAUGAGCAAAAUGGUAAUCUCAUACGCACCUGAAAAUGCCCCAACAAGAGAGAGGAAGUAAAAAUUGAUAGUUUUGAUGGUGCCGGUGGUAGUUUUACAUCAUUCGUUCUCACAGGCACAGACCUACCUCAGAUGUUUUUAGCUGGUGUCUGUCACCACUUGUUUAGUUGUCUUAGCUUGCUUAAAAGGGAAAUGUUUCUCAUUUAGCUCUGAACCAUAAAACCUGUUACGUACAAAAGGAAAAACGAAACAAAUAACGAUACCAUCGUCUUUAGAAAAACACUGUCCAGAGUAGCAGCCCGAAAGUACAGUGUCCUUUCCCUGGGUCUGAAAGGUGAAGUUAUUUCAUGCCAGUAAGUGAAAUCCCACCGUUCUCACUUACACCGUGUUUACUGUUCCAAAGGAUGCAUGUUUCAGAAAGCUAUUGAAUAUACCAGCUAACAAUUACAUGUUUAUUAGUUAUCUUUGUUGCACCUUCUGGGGGGAAGUGGAGAGAGAUUUUAAAGCACAAACAUGUUUUUCAUUCAUAGAAACAAACAUCAAAGGGCCAUUCGAAAAUGAGAGAUUUUAUUUUUACUAAUAUUUACAGAUAUUUCUACCAUUGCAUAAAUACAUUGUAAAAUACAUUGUAUGCUGUUUAUUUUUGUGUCUGAAAGUAAUGUCAUGUGUCUUGAGUCUUAAUUGACAUGAGGCAUGAAAGAAUGAGAUUACUCAGAUGAUUUUAGUAAUGAUGCUUCGCUAUGGCUGGAAUUACACCCAAUACAUUUUAUAAAAUGUAAAGAUGGUUUCUCUUAUUCUGAAGCGUGUGAGUGUAUGUAUGUGAGAGUAUGUGUGUGUGUGCACUUCUAUAUUUAUUAAGUAUGUUGAGUAAUGGUUUGUCAACUAUAUGUACAGAAGAAAAAGUACAGUCUUUAAAUUUGCAUUGUUUUUUCCCAAUUUUAUGGGAACGUUGUGCAAUAAAGAAGCCAAUGUUGCAUA